CGAGAUCGAUCAAUUUUCUUCAUCAGAAAUCGAUGUGAUCGAUCAAUUUUUCGGAUCAAAAGUUUUGAUUCAAAACAAAAUCUCAAGAGUAACGAUGUUGUUACCUUUUUGAAAGACCGAUUGGACUUUUCUCCGUUUUAGUUUCUAUUUUUUUACCGAUUUUCCAACUGUGACCUUUGUUCCUGUAGAAUUAUAAUGAUCGAACCUCUGAAAGUUAUUUAUUUUGAUUCGCAAUCAAAUGAAUUUGUCUUCGAUGAGAAAGGCUACUACGAGAUGUUAUUAUCAUGGGAAGAUGGUAUAAGUAAUCUGCCUGUUGCUAUUGUUUCCAUUGUCGGUGAUGCGAGAAAAGGAAAAUCUUUUCUAUUGAACUUUUUCCUUCGAUAUUUACAACGACACGACCAAGAAGAUUGGAUUGGUGAUCUGGAUGAACCAUUAAGAGGUUUCUCAUGGAGAGAUGGCGUUGAGAGAGAUACUGUCGGGAUCGUUUUAUGGCCUAAACCUUUUGUAUUGACUCGAAAAGAUGGUUCAAAAAUUGUUGUUAUUUUAAUGGACACUCAGGGUUUUUAUGAUGAUCACACAAACCACGAUACAGUUAGUCAAUUUUUUACAAUUGCAACGAUUAUUUCAUCGAUUCAAAUCUAUAAUCAGAAGGGAACCAUUCAAUCAAAUGAUAUUACAAUUUUAUCCAAAUUUAGUGAUUAUGCUGAUAGAGUGGCAAACGAAACUGGAGUCAAAGCCUUCCAGCGAUUGUUGUUCAUGAUCCGAGAUUGGUCUAAUCGUAAGGAAUUUGAAUUUGGACUCAAAGGAGGAUAUGAUUUCCUGGAAUACAAGAAAGAAAAUCAGAAAGAUAAAUUCUGUUCUCCAUGGGCCAAAUUGGAGAACUGUUAUUCGGACAUUGGUUGUUGUAUGUUACCUUCACUGGGAGACAAAGCUGAAGAUCUCGAUUUCAAUGGAGAAAUAAGUAAAUUGAAACCUGGAUUUGUCCAAGCUCUCAGAGAGUUAGUGCCAUCUAUUUUGUCACCCGAUAGAAUUGUCACCAAAUUAUAUGGAGGAAAGGAAAUUGAAUGUUGGAGGAUCUUGAAUCUCUUUAAAGAAGCGACCGAACAACUUACAUCAAUCAAAUCAAUUGAUAUUGAGGAAUAUGGAUUGACCAGUAACAUUUCCAUAAUCAAUAAUGCUCAUUUACUAGCCAGACAUCAUUAUUUGGAGCAACUUCAAUGUUUUGAACAAUCUGAACAAAAAGCUCUCCAAAAAGAACAUUUCGAUGCCGCUGAAACGGCAGCUCUUGAAUUGUUUGAUGAAAAAACAGAAUUAAUCGACGAUGAGCAAGAUGAAAUCGACAUUGCAAAAUUGGAGCUGGUCCAGUUCUUCGCGCACACCCGCGAAAUUUUUCCUCAACUGCCGCGAUCAAGUCUAAAAGAAGCCUCGAAAAUGUCUCUAUUCCACAUAAAGUGGGGCGUUUUACUCGGAAUGGGUCUCGCUGGGGCCGCUACAUGUGCGAAACUCUAUUUUAUCAAAACUAUAUGACCUCUUUUUGCAAAAUCGCUAUUGAGAUUUAUUUGAAUCGAACUUUUAGUUUGUAAAGAAAUGGAACCAAUUUAAAAUAUU